AUGGCGGACGUCAUGAUGGCCGAGCCCUCCUCCUCCACCUCCGCUUUGACUAGGCGAGAACAUCUUGCGAAGACCUUUGAGGCCUACAGAGCCGAGCUUGACGCCAAUACCGAGACCCGAGAACGCCUCAUCAUCUUGUCCCGCUCAAUCACCCAGAUGUCCAAGAAGCUCAUCUUCCACCUCCAUCGCGGCGCCACUUCCGGCCUGGUCGCGCGGGCGAAGAACAUCAGGGAUGGCAAGGGCAAAGAGAAAGAGAUUAUCGCCAAUUUUGAAAAGAUCAGGGCGGAGCUGGGAAGCGGGGAGUCAGCCGAGAGCUUCUGGCGAUGGGCACGGCCAGUUUCUCCGGGGUUGGAGGAAUACAUCGAAGCAGUCUCUUUCCUCUUCUACCUUGAGACAGGACGCUUGAUCUCCUUAGCCGAAGUUCAGAAGGGGUUGUCCAAUCCUCAGACAGAAGAACCGUAUGUGGUCGUGACACCAGAAGACUAUAUCCUCGGCAUGUCCGACUUGACUGGCGAGCUCAUGCGAUACGCGACAAACGCUCUGAGCACAGGCGAUCACGAGACUCCAUUGGCUGUUUGCGAGUUUGUGCGGACCGUCAAAGUCUACUUCGAUGGUAUACCUCCUUAUCAGCUCCACAAGCUUUCCAAAAAGCAGGACGAGACCACCCGCUCUCUGGUCAAGAUAGAAAAAGUCUGCUACUCCCUGCGACUUCGCCUCAUCGAGUUCGCGGAUCGGCCAGAUAUACUGAGGCAGAUGGCGAGCCGGGCGCUGGAUGAUGCGCGAGGAGAUGAGCCAGCAGGCAAGGACGAGGAAUGA